AGCUGUUCCAGGUUGAGCAGGCGGACGGUGGUCGUGGUUCUCUGCGCGGCUGCUGGAGAGUCCGGGUCCGUGAAGGAACGUCUCCAAACGCGAUAAACGGGAAAGAGCCAGCAUGGCGGUCGAAGAGGAAGGUCUUCGAGUCUUUCAGAGUGUCAAAAUAAAAAUAGGAGAAGCCAAGAACAUCCCUCCCUACCCCGGGCCGAACAAAAUGAGGGACUGUUACUGUACGGUGAACCUGGACCAGGAGGAGGUCUUCAGAACGAAAAUCAUCGAGAAGUCAUUAUGCCCAUUCUACGGCGAAGACUUUUAUUGUGAAAUCCCACGCAGCUUCCGCCACCUCUCCUUCUACAUCUUCGACAGGGACGUCUUCAGGAGGGACUCCUGCAUCGGUAAAGUGGCGGUGAAGAAGGAGGACCUGCAGAAGUAUCAUGGCAAAGACACCUGGUUCCAACUGCAGCCCAUCAGUGCAGACUCUGAGGUGCAGGGAAAGGUUCACUUGGAGCUGCGCCUGAGUGAGGUCAUCACGGACAACGGAGUCGUCUGCCACAAGCUGGCAACCCGAGUGUUAGAGUGCCAAGACUUGCCUAUCGUUAAUGGACAGUGCGAUCCUUAUGCUGCAGUGUCCUUACAUGGGCCAUCCAGAUCGGAAGCCAAAAAGACCAAGGUCAAGCGGAAAACCAACAACCCUCAGUAUGAUGAAGUCUUCUACUUUGAGAUCACCAGACCACUCAACUACACCAAACGGCAGUUUGACGUGGAGGAGGAGGAUGUGGAUAAAUUAGCUCUCAGGGUGGAUCUGUGGAACGCCAGUAACCUGAAGUUUGGAGACGAGUUCUUAGGAGGUGUUCGGGUGCCACUGAAGGUUUUGGGCCAGGAGGGUGUUCACGAUGCAUGGUACUUCCUCCAGCCGAGGGAUAACGGCAGUAAGUCGGUGAAGGCCGAUGAACUGGGUUCUUUAAGACUCAACAUUGUUUACACAGAGGAUCAUGUCUUCCCUUCAGAGUGCUAUAGUGACCUCACUGAUCUGCUGCUGCAGUCUGCACAGAUGGAGCCUGUCUCAGCGUCAGCAGCCCACAUCCUUGGAGAAGUGUGCCGCGAGAAGCAGGAAGCGGCCGUCCCGCUUGUCCGACUCUUUCUGCACUAUGGCAAAAUCGUGCCUUUUGUCAGUGCAAUUGCCAAUGCAGAGGUUAACCGCACACAGGAUCCCAACACGAUAUUUCGGGGCAAUUCAUUAACGUCCAAAUGCAUCGAUGAGACCAUGAAGCUGGCAGGAAUGCACUAUCUACAGGUCACGCUCAAACCCAUAAUUGAUGAGAUCUGCACGGAGCACAAGCCUUGUGAAAUCGACCCUGUUAAGCUGAAGGAAUCAGAGAAUCUAGAGACCAACAGGGAGAACCUGCGGCAGUACGUGGAUCGCAUCUUCAGCGUCAUCACUACCUCUGGCGUCAGAUGCCCCACUGUCAUGUGCGACAUUUUCUUCUCACUCCGAGAAUCCGCCGCCACCCGUUUCCAAGUGGACCAAGAUGUGAGGUACACAGCAGUCAGUAGCUUCAUUUUCCUGCGUUUCUUUGCCCCAGCGAUCCUAUCACCCAACCUUUUUCAACUUAGGCCACAUCAUCCGGAUCCUUGUACAUCUCGGACUCUGACGCUCAUCUCCAAAACCAUCCAGACCCUUGGAAGCCUUGCUAAGUCUAAAUCAGGCAACUUUAAAGAGUCUUAUAUGGCUGCGUUUUAUGAUUACUUCAACGAGCAGAAGUAUGCAGAUGCUGUGAAAAAUUUUCUUGAUCUGAUUUCAUCGUCUGGGAGGUGGGACCAGAAGAGCAUCGAGACAUCGAUCAUGUUAAAAGAAGGAUGUAUGAUCAAAAGAGCGCAAGGGAGGAAACGAUUUGGCAUGAAGAACUUUAAGAAGAGAUGGUUCCGACUCACUAAUCAUGAGUUCACGUACCAUAAAACCAAAGGUGAAGGAGCUUUGUGUAGAAUCCCUAUUGAGAACAUCUUGGCUGUGGAGAGAUUAGAGGAGGAGUCUUUCAAGAUGAAGAAUAUGUUCCAGGUAAUCCAGCCAGAGCGGGCACUAUACAUUCAAGCCAACAACUGUGUAGAGGCGCGAGACUGGAUUGACAUCCUUACUAAAGUUAGCCAGUGUAACCGCAAGCGCCUGAGCACCUACCACCCUUCAGCCUACCUCAACGGCCACUGGCUGUGCUGCAAACAGGCCAUUGACUCUGCUCCAGGCUGCACACCCUGCACCGGUGGCCUGCCUGCAAACAUUCAGCUUGACAUAGAUGGAGACAGAGAGACUGAGCGCAUCUACUCGCUGUUCAGCACCUACAUGUCCAAGCUGGUCAAAAUGCAAGAGGCGUGCGGCAGUAAGUCUGUGUAUGACGGGCCCGAACAGGAAGAGUACUCCAGCUUUGUCAUAGAUGACCCACAGGAGACCUACAAGAUCCUCAAGCAAAUCGUCUCAGCCGUGCAAAAAUUGGAGCAGCAGCAUGCACAGUACAAGCGUGAAAAGUUCAGGAAGACCAAGUAUGGUAGCCAGGAGCAUCCAAUUGGCGACAAGAGCUUCCAGUGCUAUAUCCGCCAACAGUCGGAGAGCUCCACCUACUCAAUCUGACCCCGCCCAUUACCACAAUGCCCUUCUCUCUGCAAUGAAUACCACGACAAUGCCUGUACAUCACAGGAACAAUGUCGUGAUUGACGGGAAGAAGUUGAGAAACAAGUGUGAGAUUAAGCUAAAAACAAUCUCACACAAAGCUAUACCUUUUUUUGUAUGUUGUACAAACCCAGUCAGCAGCUUUCCACAGACCUGUGUGCACUUUAAUCGUCACACCUGCCCCGUUGACGAUGAAGCUCUGCCUUGUGGCAAAUUUUCACUGAGGGACUUUGUUUUUAGGUCUUGAGAAUUUUAUUAUAACUCUUCUAAGUCUUCAGGACCAAACUGCAGGUUUGAGAACCCUCUGCUUUUCACUUUUAAGCGCAUUGGUGCAUGCCUGUUAAUGAGAGCCUUGUGGCCAAUCCCAGCUCAGAAGAGUUAAGAAUCUACCAACUUCACCUUUAGGAUGCACGAACACAUAAUCAUCAGCAUUUGUUAAUGCAUGGUAGCAUUUUACCUCUGGCAAAAUAGCUUUAGCCAAAGUAACACAUAACGUGAGAAACGUAGGCCAAGUCAAAAUGAGUAGGUGCUUAAUUCCUCUGAAUUGGGAUGCUGACUGAAAGGACCUAUCUGAAUCAGAUGUUAACUGUAACCAUUGUUUUUUCUUAGAAUGGCAUUGUUUGAGAGACCUGUCUUAGAUUUACUGUCUAUGCCAUAAUGAAAAGUGUUGAUUUUUUUUUUUCCCUGCACCUUGACCAUGUCCAGACUUGUUACAGUAUUGUUACAUGCCUUUUGAGAACAUUCCUUAAGACUCCCGGCCAAAUAUAACAGCAACUGAAGGAUUAAAGCAUAUUGGCCAAUGGAGUUAGCGAUAUCAUGUUCUCAAAAUAUCCACAAAAUCUGAACAUUAAAUCUAUAUUGCCCUGGCAUGGCAUGACACUAAAACUCAUUAUUCAGAGACCAAUUUUAAGCCAGUAACUUUUGUACAUUGCUCGUUUUUUUUAAAAAAGGAAGAAAAAAAAAACAGAUCAUCUGUAAGGUUUUGAUUUAAUUUAAUCUAACUGGUCAGUUUAAAUGAACUGGUCUUAACAGGUCCCUUUUGCCAGUUAUGCCAAUGCCAGACAUUGUGGUCUUUUGUACUUUUGUGUUUUAUGUACUGUAAAUAAUGCAUUUGUAAUCUGUGUCUUGUACUGAGAAUUAUUUCCCUCUGAUGUGUGUGUGUGUGUGUGUGUGAUUGAGAAUUGAAGCAUGUGUGAGGAAGAGAUUUCUUAUCUUAAUGAUUAUGUUCUAUUUUAACAAACAUUCUCCCAACACUUAUAAAUGUAACAUACCGAGUGUUGUUUAAACCAACACACUUUUGUGUAUUACAGAAAUUUGUGUAAGUUACAGAAAUGUACUAAUGGCCCAGUUCCUUUACUAUAGCUCAUCCAUUGGUGCAUGUUUUAGUGUGAAUAUAUUGUUUUAAUAUAAGCCAGACAAUUUUUGCUACCCACUCCAAAAAAGGUUCAGUAUUUAUUUUUAUAUCACAAUAUAACAUUUUGUGGGUGAGAGUAUUUGAGUACGAAAGGUCUCCAUAUGCAGAGUAUGAAAGAUGCAAUAAUUUCAUGAUCAGUUAUUUUAUGAAUAUCUGAUCAGUUACGAAUUAUAAUCGGUAACUCAUUUUAGCUUCGGAUCAGUGCUCUUCACAGCGAUACCUUAAAAAGGGGAGAACAGUGUAUUUUGUAUAAUUAUAUAAAGAGUAUUAUUACAAAUCUGUGAUGUGUAGAGGUCGAUGUGAAAUGAAUGAUGAAAAUGUAGAUGCAAAAAAGUUUUUUUGUCUAAAUGAAGGCAAUAGCAAUGAAA